GAAUACACCUGCGUGAACCCGAAAUCGACGUGGCAUAAGUAUCUGCCCGAUUUACGUCAGUUUUGCGUCGUGUAUAGAACUUCGAUCACCUUUAGGUUGUUGGUAGAAGAAACGUGGAACAUAUUGUGUCAACCUUGAAGCGAUUAGCGAGUUUGUGUCGUGUCAGACUAGUAUCAAGCACGAUAGCAUCGGUACCGAGUUCCAUUUUGAUCUCGCAUGUUCCGGUAUUGUAACAUAUGACAGAUUGUGUUUGUCUACUGUGUUCGUCCUACGUCGCUAUACUCUGAUUUCAUAUCUCAACAUCAACAACGAAUAGAAACUACACAAUGUAUAAUCCACAAGCCGGACAAUCAAUGGGCUAUGGACAGCCGCCUGGUGGACAAAACUAUGGCCCUCCUCCAGUUUCUGGACACAGCAUGGGAUAUCAACAACAGCAACAGUCAAUGAAUCAAUAUGGAACUCCAUUUAGUGGUAAACCUGCGAUGGGUCAACCACCUCCAAGUAAAGCACCCAUGGGUGGUUACAAUGCUGGUCCACCACCACCGACAGGACAACCAAUGCAUGGCCAGCAGAAUCAGAACGGCCCGUAUACAAACAGUGGUGGACCGAGCAGUCAGGGACAACAAUAUUACGGACAACAGCAACAGCAAAGGGUUCCAACAUCAAUACCAAAUCAAAGACUCCCCCAAGCACAAUAUGGUGUCCCUCCAGCUUCCUCACAACCAUCAAGAGGACCGGCACCAAGUCAGCUGCCAACCCAGAUGAGUGAAUUGUCCAUCUCCGGUCAACCACCCUUGCCUACCGGUCAACAACAAAUGCGUGGCCCACCGCCUCCAUCUAACACUUCACAGGCCCCGAAUGCGUACGCUGGCUACUCCACUAAUCAGCCAUACUCUCAGGGUGCAGUUCCAAGUUCAAAUGCGCCGGGACACUGGGCAGCAACAAGUCAACAUCAAAGUAUGGGGCCACCACCGACUAAUAUGGGGCCACAACCUACGAGUAUGGGGCAAGCACCAGCCAGCAUGGCUCCUCCAAGUAUGGCUGGCCCACCUUCUAGUAUGUCUGGCCCACCAAGUAUGGGACCUCCCCCUAGUGGUGGUGCUUACAUGGGAACGCAACAGGUUGGCCCUCCGAGUGGCCAUAUGGGACAGCCUGGAAUGUCUGGUCCCCCGUCGUCUGGUCCCCCUAUGGCAGGAGGUGUUACUCCGGGGUAUGGCUACCAGCAAACCGGUGCCGGAAUGGUUGGACCGGGUUCCACUCCGCCAUCACCUGGUAUGGGAGGUGGAAUGCCAGCUGGGGCUGCGAUGUCAAUGGGUAGUGCUGGCAUGGCUGCCAGUCAUGCUGGCAUGAUGCAGCAACCGCAGACGCAGGCACCACAGAGGAGACUAGAUCCUGACCAGAUGCCUAGUCCAAUUCAGGUCAUUGAAGAUGACAGACGUACCCAUGGUAACCAGCCUUUUACAACAAAUCAACGUGGCCAGGUACCACCAUUGGUGACCACAGACUUCAGGGUUGUUGAUCAAGGUAACUGCAGUCCUAGGUUUGUUCGAGCCACUGUGUAUAAUAUUCCGUGUACUCAAGACAUGUUAAAGCAAUCACAAGUACCGCUGGGUUUAGUUAUCACGCCGUUUGCUGAAGUAAAACCCAAUGAGUCCUCACCUCCUGUCGUUGAUAACGGCGCCAACGGUCCUAUUCGCUGCAACAGGUGUAAAGCCUACAUGUGUCCAUAUAUGCAAUUCAUUGAUGGGGGUAGAAGGUUCCAGUGUAACUUCUGUAAUUGCAUCACUGAAGUGCCACCAGAGUUUUUCCAACAUUUAGAUCACAUGGGUAGAAGACUAGACUAUUAUGACAGACCUGAACUUUCAUUAGGUUCUUAUGAGUUUGUAGCUACAACUGAUUAUUGCAAGAAUAAUAAAUUACCAAAUCCACCAGCGUUUAUUUUUAUGAUUGAUGUAACGUAUAAUAGUGUAAAGAAUGGAAUGGUGCCAUUACUUUGUCAUCAACUUCAUAAUUUAUUAGAAAGGCUACCUAAGGAAACGGAUCAAGAAGAAUCAUCAAUUCGUGUUGGGUUUGUGACUUACGACAAAACUUUACAUUUCUACAAUCUGAAUGGUGCAUUAGCUCAGCCUCAAAUGUUGGUUGUUUCUGAUAUAAAUGAUGUAUUUAUGCCACUAUUAGAUGGUUUCCUAGUUAAAUUGUCAGAAGCCAAGUUAGUAAUAGAUAGCUUACUUGAACAGAUACCAGUGAUGUUCAGAGACACCAGGGAAACGGAAACUAUGCUCGGUCCAGUUAUAGAGGCAGGACUCGCAGCAUUGAAGGCUGCGGACUGUGCGGGUAAAAUUUUUAUCUUCCACUCUUCUUUGCCGAUUGCGGAGGCUCCAGGGAGAUUAAAAAACAGAGAUGAUAGAAAAUUAUUAGGCUCAGACAAAGAAAAGCUUGUUUUACAACCACAAACCACAUAUUACAGCAAAGUAGCUCAGAAUUGUGUGGCAGCUGGGUGUAGUGUAGAUAUGUUUUUAUUCCCCAAUGCGUAUUUGGAUCUUGCUACUAUUGGUCAAGUUUGUACAAUUACAGGCGGACAAUGUUUUAAAUAUAAUUACUUUACGGCGGCAUCGGAUGGUGAAAGAUUUCUUUUCGAUUUAACACGCGACAUAGAGCGACCCAUUGCAUUUGAUGCCAUAAUGAGAGUACGUACAAGUACAGGAAUUCGACCGACUUCAUUCCAUGGUAAUCUAUAUAUGAGUAACACCACUGAUGUUGAACUAGCAUCGAUCGAUUGUGACAAAGCCAUUGAUGUGGAAAUUAAACAUGACGAUAAAUUACAGGAAGAAUCGGGGGCCUUUAUCCAGAUUGCACUGCUAUAUACGACUAUUCGAGGGCAGCGUCGUCUUAGGAUACAUAACUUAUCAUUGAAUUGUUGUAAUCAAAUGGCGGACAUGUUCAGAAGUUGUGAAAUGGACUCCAUACUUAACUUGAUUGCAAAACAAUCUCUUGAUCAAGUGAUUCAUGCUACACCCAAAGCAAUUAGAGAAGUAAUAAUCAAUCAAUGUGCUACCAUACUCACAUGCUACAGAAAAAAUUGUGCUAGCCCCUCAUCUCCUGGACAGUUAAUACUACCAGAAUGUAUGAAGUUACUCCCACUGUAUUCAAACAGUUUAAUUAAGAGUGAUGCACUGUCAGGUGGAUCUGAUAUCACUACAGAUGAUAGGAGUUGGUUAAUGCAGUCUGUCAAUGCAAUGGACGUGGCUUCAUCACAUGUCUAUUUCUAUCCACGAUUACUUCCAUUGCAUAAUUUAGAUUUAGAAGCUACAAAUUUGCCGGUGUCUACACGAUGCACUGUCGAUAAAUUACAAGAAGAUGGCGUCUACCUUCUGGAGAACGGCAUCUCUAUGUAUAUAUGGAUUGGAUUGCAUGUUAAUCCUGAUUGGGUACAAAAUGUCUUCUCUGUCCAAUCACCGGCCCAAAUUGAUAUUGACUCGGGCAAACUUCUUCAACUCGACAAUCCCACAUCUAUAAGGGUGAGGGGUAUCGUAGAACAAGUACGCAAAGAACGGCAGCGGUACAUGAAGUUGACAUUUGUGAGGCAGCGUGACACUCUAGAGCCUUGGUUCAAACACUUCCUGUGCGAAGACAAAGGAUUCAACGGUGGUGCGUCAUACGUAGACUACCUAUGUCACAUGCAUAAAGAAAUACGUAACAUGUUGAACUAAAACUGGAAUUUGUACAAUGAGAAAUGUGCUUUGACUCGCUGGUUUAGUUGUGGCACUGCUGGUUGUCAUAGAAACUAUGAUGACAAAAAACAACUAAUAUCGGCUUGAUUUUUUUGUCACCACCAGGAAGCAAUGAAAGCGAUUUUACUGUCAUUGUAAUGUAUACUAAGUAAACGUUUAUAGAAGUAUAUUUACAUAUUUCAAUACGUUGACCUUUGAACCCAUAUUAAUUAUUCUAAAGCAUUGUACAUUCUAAUACGCUUAUUGGAUGAAAAUGUUCAUUUUUCUAUGAUUCCCAGUUUAUUGGUUUGCCUGCUUUUUCGCGAACCCUGCUGCUUUUGUGUCCUUACUCUUUAAUGAGUGACAUAACCAUAAAGUUUUUGCAAUGUAAAAGACUAUGAUUAUGUUGUAACAUCGGAUCAGCUGCUUGCGUGUAAAAUAUGAUCCUGCAUGGCGAUGUGGCAUCAGAUUGUUUUCAGUGAAGUGACUGUAUCCAUGGCGAUGUGGCAUCAGAUUGUUUUCAGUGAAGUGACUGUAUCCAUGGUGAUGUGAAAUCGGAUUGUGUGACAGUGACAGUCUCCUCAUAAUUGUGCAUAUAGCGAAUAGUCAUGCGUUGUUAUGACGAUACAUCUACAUUCUGUGCGACUCCAUAGAUAGAUGAUUUUUUGUUCACUGCGAGAUCUCGUGUGAAAGGCAUGAUUUUGAAAUUUCCUUCGUUAUAGCUCAAUAUCCAAUUACCUGUCUUUCAGUGGGGAAUAUGGCAUUAAGAUACCCUUACUUCAUCAAAAUUGACCAUCAUAACAAAAAAUAGUCUAUUUUAUUAGUAUGUGAUUUUCAUUUUCAAAUACUGUAUUUGCUUUAUUAGAGCUGUAUGCAUCUCUAAUAGGUGUACUCAUAACCCAAAAUUGCAUCGCGUUUAUACUGCAUCAUUAAAAUCUGUCUAAUUUUGACCAUAGAUGAACUGGUGUUAUUUAUGUUAAGCACAUAAUAUACUAAGUGUUGGUGAUUUUCAUGAAUUUCAUCAUGCCAUGGACAAUGACUGUUUAAACUAACACUUGUCUUAAUACUAUUUUAAAAAGAACUGCUGUUUCAAUUAACCAUAAUGCACUCUGUUAAUCAUAGUAAACUCUAUAUCACCACCAGUAAUUUCCCGUUGUUGUGUUGGUUCAAAUAUUUCUUUGUUUUUUUUCCCGUUCUUAUUUUUUCUAAACUUGUUUAUUCUGAACCAAACCAGCUAUAAAUUUUAAUCCAAUAAUUUUUUAUUUUCGUCUUUUCAUAAAAAGAACUCAACCAAUCAAGGUGGUGAAAGUGGUAAAACAAUACGUUUGCUGAAGCUUGCAAAAAAAGUGGAGGGGCGAGGGGGGGGUGUACAUUUUUGUUAAUGGAAAUAAGCUUUCUUUUUUAUUUAAAAUCAAUUGAAAUUAAUGCUAGUUCUCAAUCUGUAAUAUUACAGUGGAGCCUGGCAUAGUCCCAUGAUGCUUUGCAGGACGUUGAUAUUCUAUUAAUAUACUACCGGGUAAUUAUAGUGUGGGGGUCGCAAAUCAAAUAUUCCCUACUUUUCUCAAGAUAAAAAUAAAAUAGACAAUAUUUUUAAAAGUUGAUAAAGUAUGCAUGUAUUCAAAGAGAAUAUUUGUUUGUUUUUUCUUCUCUGUUGAGUCAUGUUAAUACAAUUGAUAAUUCAUUAUUUGCGGAGUUUCUCCCAACAUAUCGGAGAAAUUUGGUCGCAGAAAGGUGCUGCUCUCACCUGUACAAGUGUUUUUACUAGACGUGAGAAAUCUGAUUUUACUGUAGUUUUUUUCUCGCGGCCCCAAAAUUGUUUUCUUGCUUUUCUAAAGAUUCAAUAUGGACCUAAAUGUAGUUUUUAAUUUUGUUGUUCGAUAUUCUACAUUGUAGACCAGAUUGUAUUAUGAUUCGUCAUGAACUAAAAAAUGCGUUUGCAAUACAACAGUAUUCAUUGGAUGAAAAAUUUUAAAAUCACAAAUACAUAUGCGCAGUGAAUGUUAUUGUAUGUACCAAAACGACCAGUGCGUUUGCUUAUUAAAGAGUCUUUGUUUCAUUGAAUGAAUACACUGAUGUAUGCUACAGGGACACUUUUCAGUUUAUGAUAAAUUGUAAUGUUACGUAUUCAUUAAUAUACAGUAUCAAACAACAACAAUAAUAAAAAUGACUUGUUCUUGUCCAUAAUGCAUCUUUAAAUCACAAAUUUUAUUUUAUUUUUGCCAAAAGAGUAACUUUCUUUCUGUUUACUCUUCAUAAAAAUCUGUUUUAUUGUACUUGUUAAAUAAAAAGUAUGAUUAAACUAAAUUUGUUACAAGU